AUGCCGCCCCCCGAGACCGCACCCCCUCCCCCCCUUUCUUCCUCCACACCCCUGCCCCACCCACGAGGAGGAGGAGGCGGCUCUGCUGGCGAUAUAGCUGCUGGCGGGGUCCCUGCUGGCGGGGUCUCUGCUGGCGGGGUCUCUGCUGGCGGGGUCUCUGCUGGCGGGGUCUCUGCUGGCGGGGGUCUCUGCUGGCGGGGGUCUCUGCUGGCGGGGUCUCUGCUGGCGGGGUCUCUGCUGGCGGGGUCUCUGCUGGCGGGGUCUCUGCUGGCGGGGUCUCUGCUGGCGGGGACUCUGCUGGCGGGGACUCUGCUGGCGGUGUAG